UCGGUGUAAAGCAAGGUGGUAGGUCUUCCUGAACAAAAAGCCAGUGUAGGGUACUCAACGUGGAUAAUUCAUUAUUAUCUCCUUAAUGUACUCGUGGUUUGUCCACAGUGUAGUAUUAAAGCCUCUUACUACAUUCAAUGCUUCAUAACUGUCAUACAAUCGAUUUGGUCCUUCUGAUCUGAAGAUAUACAGUUCCGCAGCCACUAUGUCUCCCUUGUCUAUGCAAACCGAUUCUGCUCAAGGAACUACUGAGAAUAAGUCCCUGGAGACGAACGGGACCUCAAACGACCAGCAAUUGCCGUGGAAGGUGCUGGGAAAAUCCCUUGGACUUCCGACAAUUGACCAAGAGCAGUAUUGGCUCAACACUGCCCCGUACUUUAAUAAUCUCUUGAUCCAGUGCGGCUACGAUGUCCACCAGCAGUACCAGUACCUGGCCUUCUAUCACCGGCAUGUUCUCCCUGACCUUGGUCCCUUCAUUCGGUCUAGUGCAGAAGCCAACUACAUCAGCGGCUUCUCAGCCGAGGGCUAUCCCAUGGAAUUGAGCGUCAACUACCAAGCCUCCAAGGCGACCGUCCGACUGGGCUGCGAGCCUGUGGGCGAGUUCGCGGGCACCUCACAGGAUCCCAUGAACCAGUUCAUGACGCGGGAGGUUCUAGGAAGGCUUUCCCGCUUGGACCCUACGGUUGACCUGCGACUGUUCGACUAUUUCGACUCGCAGCUUAGCUUGACCACCAGCGAGGCUAGCCUCGCCGGGUCGAAGUUGAUCAAACAGCGCCGGCAGAGCAAGGUCAUUGCGUUUGAUCUCAAGAAUGGAGCUAUCAUCCCAAAGGCAUACUUUUUCCUCAAGGGGAAGUCUCUUGUGAGUGGAAUACCGGUGCAGGACGUCGCCUUCAAUGCUAUUGAGUCAAUCGCCCCGAGGCAAAUCGAGUCUCCGUUGCUCGUCCUGAAAAGCUUCGUCACCAAGCUCUUUGCAAAGCCUACUGUCACCAGCGACAUUUUCAUUCUAGCGGUCGAUUGCAUCGUUCCGCAAAAGUCGCGUAUCAAGCUGUACGUUGCCGAUUCCCAGCUGUGCCUGACGACGCUGCGAGAACUCUGGACUCUGGGCGGAUCGGUCACCGACUCUGCCACGAUGAAAGGGCUGGAGAUUGCGGAAGAGCUAUGGAGGGUUCUGCAGUUUGAUGAUGCCGUCCGUUCACACUCAGACGUGGACCAGCUACCACUUGUGGUCAAUUACGAGCUAUCAUCAGGUAGCGCAACGCCCAAGCCGCAGCUCUAUCUUCCUUUGCACGGAAGGAAUGAUGAGGCCAUGGCUAAUGCGCUCACCAAAUUUUGGGAGUACUUGGGGUGGAAGGGGUUGGCUGCGCAGUACAAGAACGAUCUUUAUGCGAACAACCCUUGUCGAAACCUCGCAGAGACCACGACAGUCCAGCGCUGGGUGGCCUUUUCUUACACAGAGUCCGGUGGCGCAUAUCUGACCGUUUACUUCCAUGCAGUUGGUGGUAUGCAGGGCAAUCUUUAGGAGUCAGUCGUUAGUAUGAAACACAAGGCUCUUGACUUAGUCAAAUGGCAGGCAGAUGGAUCGUGGCCAUGUAUCAGCUUCCAUAGGUAGCAAUUGCACAGUAGCUGGACAGGGGCGUUUCUUGAAAAUACUGUGCUUUCUCCUUGAUAUGCAGCAUGGUUAGGGUUACACAACGCCAUCAACAUCGCAUAGCCAUUAACCACGCUAAGUGAUCGACUGAAUAAAAUCAUGGAGUCGUCAUGCUCCAUCAGUGCAUCGGCAAAUACAUCUGAUAUAGCUCAAUUAUGCGGAGGCUGCAUGCCUCAAGCUCACGGACGUUCCCAGUUGGGUAGGAGUCUAUCUCUGAC